AUGAAUGCAAGCAAUGUGGAAAGUCAUUCAGUCAGAGCUCCUCUCUUUCUGUACAUCAGAGAAUCCACACUGGGGAGAAACCUUAUGAAUGCAAACAAUGUGCAAAGGCAUUCAGUCAGAGCUACAAACUUGUGGUACAUCAGAGAGUCCACACUGGAGAGAAACCUUAUGAAUGCAAGCAAUGUGGAAAAUCAUUCAGUCAGAGCUCCUCUCUUGCUAUACAUCAGAGAAUCCACACUGGGGAAAAACCUCAUGAAUGCAAGCAAUGUGGAAAAUCAUUCAGUCAGAGAUCCCAUCUUGCUAUACAUCAGAGAAUCCACACUGGGGAGAAACCUUAUGAAUGCAAUCAGUGUGGAAAGAGAUUCUCAAAUAAAGCCAGUCUUGCUGUACAUCAGAGAAUCCACACUGGGGAGAAACCUUAUGAAUGCAAGCAGUGUGGAAAGGCAUUCCGUCAGAGCUUCCAACUUGCUGUACAUCGGAGAAUCCAUACUGGGGAGAAACUUUAUGAAUGCAAGCAAUGUGGAAAGGCAUUCAAUCAGAGCUCCAGUCUUGCUGUACAUCAGAGAGUCCACACUGGAGAAAAACCUUAUGAAUGCAAGAAAUGUGGAAUGGCAUUCAGUCAGAGCUACAAACUUGUGGUACAUCAGAGAAUCCACACUGGGGAGAAACCUUAUGAAUGCAAACAAUGUGGAAAGAAAUUCCGACGGAGCUCCCGACUUGCUAUACAUCAAAGGAUUCACACUGGGGAGAAACCUUAUGAAUGCAAGAAAUGUGGAAAGGCAUUCAAUCAGAGCUCCAGUCUUGCUUUACAUCAGAGAGUACACACUGGGGAGAAACCUUAUGAAUGCCAGCAAUGUGGAAAGGCAUUCAGUCAGAAAUCUGAUCUUGCUAUACAUCAGAGAGUCCACACUGGGGAGAAACCUUAUGAAUGCCAGCAAUGUGGAAAGAGUUUCGCAUUUAACUCCAAUCUUGCUGUACAUCAGAGAGUCCACACUGGGGAGA